AUGCUCAGUCAGCAGGAAGACGACAUGGAGCCCACACCGAAUGCAGCUCUUCACAUCGUUCCAAACCGGCUGCAGCACUUUCAGUUUGAGUCGGUCUCCUUUCGCUGCGAGGGUCUUGGCGGCUCCCCUCAGAUCAGAGGGAUCAGGAAAACCGAGGAAUUCACUCCGGUGUGCGACAUCAAGAGGACGUCCGAAGGUUCCUCCUGCACCGUUGACAGAGUUUAUCAAGGAGACAGCGGAAGCUACUGGUGUGAGACGGAACAGGGCGACCGGAGCGACGUGGUCAACAUCACCGUCACUGCCGGUUCUGUGAUCCUGGAGAGUCCGGUUCUCCCUGUAACGGAGGGAAACAACGUGACCCUGAAGUGUAGAACCAAGAAGACGUCUUCUGAUGUGGCAGCCCAUUUCUACAAAGAUGGACUCCUGGUAGGGAGCAGCUCUGCAGGAGAGAUGGUCCUCCACAAUGUUUCUGGGUCUGAUGAAGGACUCUACAAGUGCAGCAUCUCCAGUGUUGGAGAAUCACCUCAGAGCUGGCUGGCUGUCAGAGAUCCUCUCAGACCGUCCUCCGAUGACUCCAUGCCGGUUUCGCUGGUCCUGAGGACUGUCUUCGUUGUUCUGCUGUUGUCUCUGAUGCUGCUGCUGGUGGGACUUCUUCACUUUGGAAAACUGGGAUUCACAGAAAAACUAAGUGGACGAACGUUUUCUCGACCUGCGUUUUUCAGCCACUUUACAGGAUUCUGA